CUUUCUCCCUUCCUCCAUUUGCCUCUUAGCUGGCUGUGCAGUCUGUGAGUGGUGAGCGUGAGGACAGGUCAUGGCGGCUAACGCUACUACUAAAUUCUUCGCUCUUUCUCAGUCUUUCAGUGUGUCCGACAUCAUCGUGAUCGGAGCGUAUUUUCUACUCAAUGUUGCCGUCGGAAUAUGGUCAUCUUGCAGAGUCAGCAGAAACACUCUUAGUGGAUACUUCCUGGCUGGCAGAGAUAUGGCAUGGUGGCCUAUUGGAGCGUCUCUGUUUGCCAGCAGUGAGGGAUCAGGGCUGUUCAUUGGUCUGGCUGGAACGGGGGCUGCAGGGGGCAUCGCUGUGGCCGGCUUCGAGUGGAACGCAACAUAUGUCCUGUUGGCUCUUGCCUGGAUCUUUGUCCCAGUGUAUGUGUCUUCAGGGAUUGUCACGAUGCCGGAGUAUCUGGGCCGACGCUUUGGGGGAGAGAGAAUUCGCAUGUACCUGUCAGCUCUCAGCCUGAUGUUGUCUGUGUUUACCAAAAUCUCAACAGAUCUGUAUUCUGGAGCUCUGUUUGUUCAGGUCUGUUUGGGCUGGAAUCUCUACCUCUCCACCGUGCUCAUGCUGGUGGUGACCGCACUCUACACUAUUGCAGGUGGAUUAGCUGCUGUGAUCUACACAGACACUCUCCAGACCUUCAUCAUGAUCAUUGGAGCAGUCAUUCUCACCAUUACAGCAUUCAACAAAAUUGGAGGCUACAGUAACUUGGAACACGUGUAUCUGCAAGCUGUGCCAUCCAAGAUCAUCCCCAACACAACCUGUCACCUGCCACGGCAUGACGCUAUGCACCUGUUCAGAGACCCUGUGGACGGAGACCUGCCUUGGCCGGGCAUGACGCUGGGAUUAACCAUUCUCGCUACCUGGUACUGGUGCACUGAUCAGGUGAUCGUGCAGAGGUCCCUUUCAGCCAAAAAUCUGAGCCACGCUAAAGGAGCAUCUAUCUUUGCCAGCUACCUGAAGAUGCUACCGAUGAUCUUCAUCAUCCUACCAGGCAUGAUAAGCAGAGCUCUCUACCCAGACUCCGUGGGCUGUGUGGACCCUGACGAGUGUAUGAAGGUGUGUGGAGCGGAGGUCGGCUGUUCCAACAUUGCUUUUCCUAAACUGGUCAUCGAGCUUAUGCCCAGUGGCCUGCGAGGCCUGAUGAUUGCAGUGAUGAUGGCUGCUCUGAUGUCGUCGCUGACCUCCAUCUUUAACAGCAGUAGCACGUUGUUCACCAUGGACAUCUGGAAGAAAUAUCGCAGAGGAGCCAGCGAGAAAGAGCUGCUAUUAGUCGGCAGGAUCGUGACCGUCAUUCUGGUGGUGAUCAGUGUGGUGUGGAUCCCGAUUCUGCAGAGUGCCAACAGUGGCCAACUCUACGUUUACAUCCAAUCAGUGACCAGCUACCUGGCUCCCCCCGUCACCGCAAUAUUCGUGAUGGCUGUUUUCUGGAGAAGAACCAACGAGGCGGGAGCUUUCUGGGGGUUGAUGGUGGGCCUGGCUGUUGGGGUCACGAGGAUGGUUUUUGAGUUUGCGUUUCCGCCCCCUCGCUGUGGUGUGUUUGACCCCGCCCCCGCCAUCCUGAGGCGUGUCCACUAUCUACACUUUGCAAUCAUCCUCUGUGUCCUCACCGUCAUCGUCGUUGUGGUGGUCAGUCUCCUCAACCCUCCGCCCACUGAGGAACAGAUACAUAAUCUGACCUGGUGGACAAUCGGGAACAGCGCUGACAGAGAUAUACCACUGCAGAAAAUAUCUACACUCAGUCGAAGAACAGAAGGAUGUGAAUCUGUACGCCGGGGGAAGUGUGUGCGCGCUGUUGGGUUUUGUAGUCCUCGUCCUAACCGAAGUGCACCAGGGACUCCACCUCCCGUAAUCAAUAACAACAGAGAAGACCCCUUUUGGUCACGGUUCUGUAGUGUCAAUGCAAUUAUUCUCAUGUGUGUGAACAUCUUUCUUUAUGCAUACUAUGCAUAACACACGGUUCUUCUCCUUCAGAAUUUCUCACAAAAGAAAAACGCAGCACCAGAUCUGUGUUCUCAGACUUAUGAAGAGAGCACUGCAUAAUUUUCUAAUCUUGCAAAAAAUUGUGGGUCAGGUAAUUAGCUGAUCACUUCACUCAGGCAAUUAAUGUAUCCAACUGUUCAUCUACUAGUUGUAGAAAAGUUUAAGUGCCUUCACACUGAUAACAAAACCUCAAGUUCAAUUCAUAAGACUCACUUUCAGUGUUCCAAAACACACCACACCAUCUGUUAAACAUGGUGAUGGGAGUGCUUUGAAAUCUGCAAUACAUUUAUCCACACAUCCUGUCAAAUAUUCAAGACCAUUUGACCUAUUAAACAUGAUGGUGGGAUUGUUUUAAAAUAUGCGGGAGAUUUUUUUUCUUUGCAGCAGCAGCAGGUGUCCCAGAAAAUGUCUGUAACUUAAAAAAAGUAAUUUAAAGUUACAGAAUAAUGUGUGAUCUAUAUCACACAUAUCACAUGUCUGUAUCACUUUUACCUGCUGUGUGAAUAUUGCCUUAGAUAGAUUUUUUUUUAAUCAAUUUUGAAAUGUUUCUACUUGUUAAUUAACUGAAAAAAAGUUUCCACUCAGUGUCAAAAAGCAAAAACAAACCAGUCCAUUGUUUCAUUAUACAGUAUAGAAUGUCCAUUAAAGUACAUUUGAUACAUUUUUGAGCAUCAGAAAAAAAAAACUGAGAACAUAGCAUAAUUUUCGGACUAUAAGGCGCACUUAAAAUCAUUUAAUUUUCCCCAAAAUCAUCAGUGCGCCUUUUAAUCCAGUGCGCCUUAUGUAUGAAUUUUACCAGUCAGGUUGUAAAAAGCAGUAAACAGUUGAAUUGCAGUGUUAUUCAGUAGUUUCAGUUUAGUCCUCAUGCACUGAGGCUGGUGUAGCAUUAGCAUUAGCUGCUAACUGCUAUUUUCCUGUUCAGAGAGGUGAGUAUUAAUUCUGUAACCUGCUCCUAAGUGAAGCAGUAUUAGCAUUACCCGCUGAUCGCGCUAGCUCUUUCCCCGUUGAGAGGGGAGUAUUAUCGGCCUAUAGCCUGCUGCUAACCCCCGGCUAACACUGCUGGAGCGGUUAGCCGCAAAUGCUAAUGCUACAGCCUUAGUGCUGGAGAAAUUCGGGAAUCUAAGCUUACUGUAAAUAAAUGGAAGUGCUUUAUUCACCCAAAUAAACAGUUUUCAGGAUAGAAAUCUGUGUAGAUUUGCAUCCAGUGCUCGUUUGACUUUAAAAGAAAGUCUUUUUUAUUACAGUUUUGUUUACUUAGCUUAGCUUUACUUAACCUAGUUAGCCACCCCCCACUACCACCCAGUGGCAAGACCUGCUGAAUUAGAAGUUCCUUAUAGUGUCUCUUAAAAUGCGCCUUAUAAUCCAGUGCGCCUAAUGUAUAAAAAUAGACCAGAAAAUAGACAUUUAUUGAUAGUGUGCCUUAUAAUACAGUGUGCCUUAUAGUGUAAAAAAUACGGUAUAUUUUACAUAAAACCCUACAGUAGCUUCAACAGCUAAAUCUAAUAUUGCAUGUUUAAAUGUUUAGAUGUUUUAAAUGUUAAUUGCUUGUUUAAAUGUUUCCUGUUCAAUAUUCAAGACAUACCACUUCACCUAUUAAAGAUUAAACAUGGGAUUGUAAUGAAAUCUCUAAGAGAGGGUGCCAAAAAAAAGUGUGGGAAAAAAAACGGCAAUGUAAAGUUACACAUUUAUUUUUUUCUGUCAUCCCUACAGUCAUAAAAUUACUGUUUUUUUUUUUGUUUGUUUGUUUUUACAGUAUUUCUUGUUUAAAAAGCCAAUGUUUAAAUUAACAGGUAAAAGGUGAAAUUAUAGAAAAUGUUUAGUUUAGCUAAUAUUGGCCACCAAAAGCUGUUAAAACUGAUCAUUCCUAACACAUAUUAAUAAUGAGUAUAUAUAUUUUUUCAUUUUAAUGUAAUUUGAAUGUGUUAUUUUAUUAGAUUUCUCAUUUACCAUAAUUUUACUCAAAAUAAUCAAAACAACAAAACCUAGAACCUUUUGGAUUUUUUUCUUGGAACCUUGAAGCUGCUUUUACAUUAUCCAAAAUACAGCUCUGAAAUCUAAAAUUAAGAGGCCACUUUAGUUUCUGAAUCAGUUUCUCUGGUUUUGCUAUUUAUAGGUUUAUGUUUAAGUAAAAUGAACAUUGUUGUUUUAUUCUAUAAACUACAGACAACAUUUCUCCCAAAUUCCAAAUAAAAAUAUUGUCAUUUAAAGCAUUUAUUUGCAGAAAAUGGGAAAUGGCUAAAAUAGCAAAAAAUAUGCAGAGCUUUCAGACCUCAAAUAUUGCAAAGAAAACAAGUUCAUAUUCAGAGUUCAGAAAUCAAUAUUUGGUGGAAUAACCCUAUGGCAUGUUCUCCUCCACCAGUCUUACACACUGCUUUUGGAUAACUUUAUGCUGCUUUACUCCUGGGGAAAAAAAUCAAGCAGUUCAGUUUGGUUUGGUGGCUUGUGAUCAUCCAUCUUCCUCUUGAUUAUAUUCCAGAGAAACUCAUCAUUUUUAAGUGGUCUAAUUUUUUUACUUUUAAACUUUGCUCUGUAUUUUGGAUCUUGAUCCUUAUAAUCACUCAGUUUAUAUGUAGAUCUGAAGGGGCUGUGGUUCAGUGGUGUGGCCAGCACUGCAGAAUUAAUACAACAAAGGAGCUGAAAGACGAUGAAAAGCUCUUUUACUGAAAAUGUUUAUUGGAUGUGGCUGUUUUUGUAUGACUGUUCUGAGUUUGACAUAAUUGUAACACAAAUGAAAAAAAGAGAAACAGAUUAAAAAUCAUUAGGCAAAGUGUAA